UCUAUCAGCUUCAGCUUCAACAUCCUUUAAGCAGGAUGAAUCCCCAAGUUAGCCAAUGGUGUGUCUCAGCCAAGCCUUUUUUUGCUGUAGUGUUCUUGCAGUUUGGUCUUGCAGGAAUGGACAUUCUGUCUAAAGCAGCUCUAAAUCAAGGAAUGAGCAACUAUGUUCUUGUUGUUUACCGCCAUGCAGUUGCUACAAUUGUUAUAGCUCCUUUUGCACUGAUUUUUGACAAGAAGGUCAGACCAAAGAUGACAAUUCCAGUCUUUGCCAAGUUAAUGAUCCUCAGCUUGCUAGAGCCUGUGAUUGAUCAAAACUUAUAUUUCUUGGGAAUGAAGUACACAACAGCAACUUUUGCAGCUGCCAUGUGCAAUAUUCUCCCCGCCAUUACCUUUGUAAUGGCUUGGAUCCUCAGGCUAGAGAAAGUAAGAAUCAAAAGCAUCAGAAGUCAAGCUAAGAUAGUGGGAACCAUAGCAACAGUUGGAGGAGCUAUGAUAAUGACACUAAUAAAAGGCCCAAUUUUGGAGCUAUUUUGGGUUAAAGAAAGAGCAAACAAUCAACAACAAAGAGGUGAAAUCAGCCUUCAAGAUACAAUCAAAGGUUCAAUUAUGAUAACAAUUGGCUGUUUCAGUUGGGCCUGUUUCAUGAUUCUUCAGGCAAUCACUUUGAAAGCUUACCCAGCUGAGCUUUCCCUUACGGCAUGGAUCUGCCUAUUGGGCACUGCGGAGGGCACUGUGGUGGCUUUGGUGAUGGAAAGAGGAAACGCCGCCGUUUGGUCCAUUACUUGGGGAACUAAAUUGCUUGCCGCUGUCUAUAGUGGGAUAUUUUGUUCAGGGCUUGCUUAUUACAUUCAAGGAUUAGUGAUGAAAGAUAAAGGACCUGUGUUUGUGACUGCCUUUAGCCCAUUGAGUAUGGUCAUUGUGGCCAUUAUGAGUUCAUUUAUUUUGGGAGAGCGUCUUUACUUUGGAAGGGUACUUGGAGCUGCUGUGAUAAUUGUUGGACUAUACCUUGUUGUUUGGGGCAAAAACAAAGAUGGGAAUUGUUCCUCAAGUGAAGACUUGAAAUUACCCACACAACAAACAAAAGAAAUAGAAGACAACAAGAUGGAAAGUUUAACAAUUGAAUCAACUAAUUCAGUUGAUCUAAAGAAUAAUAUUGAGCAAAAUUAACUUAAUGAGAUUGAAAGCCAAAAACUUAUAAAAAGCAUUUUAGAUUUU